AACGUGCGCGUUGACGUCACUUUCAAGAUGGUGGCGACGAUGGCUGAAACAUAAAUGCAGCAAGAGGUCAAAAUUUCUCCCACGUCCCGGUCUCCGCGCAAAGAGAAAGUAAAGAAGCUUUAACAUUUUACUACUUUCGACGUCUGUCAGCAGGUCAGACUCAGCCUGCUCAGUAUGGCCUUUCUUGGGAAUCUGAGGCCGAUGCUGUCCUCAGUCUUGCAAGCCUCUCAGUGUGCAUUUCCCUGGUCUGGACCUCUCUUAACCAGGACCAUGGCUACACUCAAUCAGAUGCAUCGCCAGGGCAGACCAUCCCCACCGCCCAAAAAGCUUGGUGCCACAUUCGGUCGACCACAACUGAAGGCCGUAGUCCUGAAGACCAUGAUCAGGAAGCCCAAAAAGCCCAACUCAGCCAACCGCAAAUGUGCACGGGUUCGUCUCUCCAACGGUAAGGAGGCGGUGGUGUUUAUCCCCGGUGAAGGACACAAUCUCCAGGAGCACAAUGUUGUGUUGGUGCAAGGAGGCAGGACGCAGGAUCUGCCAGGCGUCAAGCUCACAGUAGUCAGGGGCAAAUAUGACUGUGCUCAUGUCGUGAAGAAGAAACAGUAACACCUGCAACCAGAUUGAGACUGUCAAAUGUUUUGUCUUCUGAGUGUUUUUUUUUCCCUCAGAAUUGUUUGUUAUUGUAUUUAUUUACAAUAACAGGGCGUCUGUAUUCUUGACCAAUUUAAUUUUGAGUGAAAGAAUGUUCUUAUUGCCUCAGUUACAACAAAAUAAACCUGUUCAGACCCAAAUAAUUUGUAGUAACUAGUAUGUAGAGGAUUAUUUGUGAAUAUGUAAUAGUUUUUCUUUGAACAGACAAUUUAGAAAGGUGCAAAUAUUAUACAUAUAGAAACCUUUUUUUUUUUUUUUUUUUUUUUUUUUUGAGUAUUUUGGGUUCCUAAAGAGAUCCCACUUUCUACCAGGGAAACUUUUCUGAAAUGGAAACCUUUCGCUGUUUGGUUCAACAUAGAACCUGUAAGGGUGCACCCAGACAGACAAACCGAAAACCUUUUUAAUGCUGGACAUCUGAAUUUUUACCCUAGUGUUGUCUGAUUCCUUAAGACAAAAGUGAAAUACACUGUUGAUUUCUUAAAAUGCUUCUUGCAAAAUAGUUUUACUUUCUUGAAUAGCACAUACAAGAAGUUGCAUGCAUUGUGCUGAGCUGCAAGACAUUGAGCAGCUUCCCUCAAACAUUUCACAAAUUAAAGCAAAUAUUUUUUUUUA